AUGGAAAGCAUGCCAUCAGAGCCAUGUGUCCUUCGUCAUGAUAUAAAUUCAAGCCAUCCAGAAGAAGAAGAAGACGACCAUGGUAAUCCUAAACUGGAUCUACGUCUGUCUUUGGAGGAUUCUGAUCGAAACCCUAAUCCAGAGUUAAAUCGUGACAAAUUUCUUUCAGGAAACCGAAUGGAGGUGGUCACUUUUGAUAAAGAUCGUAAGCAGAAAAGAUUUUCAUGUAACUACUGUGGAAGAAAAUUCUACAGCUCGCAAGCACUUGGAGGCCAUCAAAAUGCACAUAAGAGAGAAAGGACGGUCUCAAUGCGCAAAAAUAAGGUUCAAAGCCAUGUUGAGGAUGGGUGCACCCAACGAUAUCCGACUAAUAUGUCUUCCCUUGGGGUCAAGGUUCACUCCAUGGUGGUUCACAAGCCAACAAGCGUUCCUACUUUCUCCCCAUUUUCUAAUGCUGGAAAAUAUCUUGGGGGCCAGCCUACAAUAGGGCGGUUUAUGUCACCAGAGCACCACCAUGUUGGAUCGUCAUCAGGGUGGGACACUCGUGGCUCGGCCAUGCGUACUAGACGGGAUAGUGGUGCUAUUCAUUCUCAAAAUGGUCAGGACGAUCAAUUGCCAAAACUAGACUUGUCUCUCAAACUCUAA